AUGUUUUCUCCAUCUGUCGCUCAGGGUGGCCCUGCGACGGCAACUCGUUCACGCCGCCGUCAACGUCCCUUGAGCUCCGAACAUGUCGCUCAGCAGCCAAAAGCCAAGAGACAGAGAGUUCCCUUGACAGAGCAGACUUUUGUCAACCCCGAGGCCCAGCAGGAAAUGAUCGAGGUAAAGACCGAUGCCAAGGUCGCAGCUCUACCCGCCAAAAACAAAAACAAAAACAUCGAGCCUCCCGAGAGCCCCAGCCCAGUGCUGCGCAAGGAACUGAACGUUCGCGCGAAGAAGGCAAAGCAUGGCGACCGCGCCGCUAAUAAAGGCGACGGAAGUCUUGUUUUGACAAGCACAAACGCAUAUAGCGUCAUCCUCAAAAACGUACUCAUCCGUAUCAUCACAGCCUACCAAACUGCCGACAUUUUCUCCACAGGCUAUGCCCUUUCUCUCACCCAAACACACGCCCUUGUCUGGCCCUACACAUCGACAUCGCAAUCACCUGAAACCUUUUCUUUCAACCUCCCAUCAACGUCCAGACCCAAUGAUUCCCUUCCUGUAGGAUGCCUCGUAUCACCGUCUGCAUCAUCAGCAGAGCCUGGGCUGGUUGUGGUCAUGGGAGGUAGUGGAAAAGUCGUCUAUUGGGAGUCGAUUGCGAGCGCGGCUACAUUUGUCUUCAUGAAGAAGGAUCGGACUGGAGUCGAGUACACUAUAUCGGGAAUGCAGACUGGGGAAAAGGUUGUGGCUAUCACGAACGCCGAAUCCGCCGGAUUUAUUCUCACCUUCAACUCUGGUCGCCUUGCCUACAUGAAUGUGCGUGACGGCCAAGGCCGCCCUGCCAUUUCUGUACAGUUUCUCCGCAACAGCCUGUCACCCUCCACAGGUGGAAUCUUUGGCAGCAUUCGACAUGCUUUUCAACACUUGUCCCUGAAAGGAGAUGUUGCAGCUGUCCGUGCGGACCGAUCCUCGCGAACAGGCGAGAGAAACAUCGUGGCCCUCACCAGCAAAGGCCGACUGCAUGCAUGGAGAGUCCACCGCGGAGGCCAUAACGAGGUGAUCGGCGACGCAGACGUGCGUGAAAAUAUCAUCGCCGCCCUCCAGGAGACCGAUCCCGCAUCUCAGGAAUUCCCCCAUGAUUCUUUCGAGGCAGUUGAUUUCACUUACGUGCCAAAGGGCUUGGAAUCCAAGUACCUUGAGUUGAGUAGGCUCAGCGAGGCUAUGGCCACCGACGAUUCCUCGGUACAGCAUCUUCUGAUACUUGUCAGCCUGACUUUGCGAAGCACGGCUCGCUAUGCUUUAGUUGAAGCUAUCCUGACGCCCCAAGGAUGCCAAAUAGGGAUGAUUCGUCCCAUAACCUCAUAUAGUGCACCAUCUUCACCCUCCGAUUCCGCACGGCCACGUCUAUACCUUCCUCGCCCUGCCCUGGUUGCUUUCGUCGUCUUCGAUCGCGCCACUGUUAUCGCAUCAAUUGCUGUAGCACCCCAGUCUCCUGAGUCGCAGCUACAAACCGACAGUCACAUUUUACCUGCCGCUUUCGAAGAUGUCGUUGAUUUCCGCGAAGACGAUGUGCAUGAUAUCAUCGGCUCAGGGUUUGAAGAAGUUUCGCCUGCCCUUAGCCAUGAAGAGCAUCGACUUCACCGACCAAGGACAAAGAAUCCCGCCGUGGUUCUCAUGGUUCGAGGUGCCGGCGCAGUGCGAAUCGUGACAACUGACGUGGAUAAGUUUGCUAGUGACAAGCCCCCCAAGGUUUCUGCGAAGAGCAAGAUCGAACAGGCCGUUUUCUACGGCGUCAAACAAGACAAUCCUCUGGUUUUCGACGGACGACAAGAAAUCAAAUUUUCUAACGAAGAAGUUGCCCAUGCCGCACUUGAAGUUAGCCACGAGAUCUUGAGCUCAAGCACUCCUUUUAUUUCCACUCUUCCGGCUUCGCUAGAGGACAAUCUCCGAGCUCGGUCGACUGCACUUGAGAGAUUGAUAGCUCAGCUUAAGAUGAUGGGGGCAGACCUCGAUCGUAAGACACGUUGGAGUCUGCUAUAUGAUGCCGAGAAGAUGCAUGUGGCUACAUUGCUCUGGAAACGACACGAAGCCUUCACUGCAUCACGACCAGCGAAUGCUAAGAAGAGCCUUAUUGGUUAUAUUGUCGAGUUCAUUCAUCAAGAUGAUAAACACAAUCCUGUUGCUGAGGUUGGUGAGGUUGAUCGAGUUCGAUACUGGUUUACUCGGGAUAUUUUCCGCCUCGAGAUACUUGUAGCUUGGGCGUAUCAAGUCAUUAAGACGCUCUAUAGGGAGCAUUUGCUUGACGAGGCCAAGCUAACUGCCAUGCUCCACGAAGCUAUCCAAAUCAACACUUGCACACAUGUCGCGGCGCUCGAUUUCCGAAAGAACAACCUAAGCGCUUACGGUCUUGGGUUUGAAGAACUGCGCCUAGGUAUUCUUCGUGACGGAUACGACGACCUUCCCGAGCCAUGGACUGGUUCUCAUUUCGUUGCCAACAACAUUAAACGUCUGGUCGACCUCGCAGAUCAAUGGUUGCUUAAGGAUCAAGAUGCAAGUGAACCGGCCAGGGCUUCAAAUCAGCCGGAUCAUAAGGUGAAAUCCAAGAUUUUCGAAGAAAUGCCAACCCUUGUCGAUGGAAUGCUCACUUCAGUUCUGGAAUAUGCUCGUUGGUCAGCAACGCGCCCUGAGCUGAAGAACAUGUCGCAGGAGUUUGCUAAGCUAUACAAGACGAGUUCAUUCGAGAAGCCCCUUGCCCUAGCACGAUCAGGCAGGUGGGAGGAGGGAGCCUCUAUCGCUGAGAAGCACGAAUGCCUCCGUGCUCUCCCUAUGAUUUUGCUGGAUCACAUCCAAAUGCUCGAAGAUCGCCUUGCUGAGCCAGACUUGUCACUUGUUGAUAGACAAACCUUUAAACGACUGAGGGACAACAAGAAGGCCAAGUUGGAGAACAGCUUCUCCGUCUAUGGCCAGUCAUUUGCAUUCCCAGCAUAUGAGUUCUUGCUCCAAAAACACGGAGUUGAAGCUGUCCUGGAAUUCGAUCUCGACAAGUUGGGCUAUAAGACCCAGUUUCUGCGUAGCAAGCCUGAACUGGCGCGAAUAUCGUGGAUCAACGAUGUGCAGCAAGAGAAAGACGUCGGUCACAGCGCAGACACUCUCGUGACCCUUGCACUUACGAAGGAACAGCAAGUAUGGAACAAGAAGAUUGAGUUAAGUCUCGGAAAGCUUGCUCUUCUUGCUGAGCUCGAGGAGAAGACCACUGGUUCGGGUGGCCUCAAGGUUAACGCCGACGACGCGCGUGCCGAGGAGAAACUUAAGAAGGUCGACCAAGAGUUAGUUGCCAUCAGGAUCCAAGAUCAACUAUACAACCAGGUUCUCCCCAGCACAUACGAUGCUGUGGAUGACGCAGCAGCGCUUAAUUUCGCAAUGGAAGUUCAUAGCAUGAACAUACCGCGGCGUCAGAAGGCCCAGCAUCAAAUAUUUGAAGACGGUAUGAGGCGGCUUCUAAAGCACGAGGCUCUGGAUGCAAUGACACUCAUUGACCUCCUGACCCUGAUUUACCUGAAGCCUGAGUCCCGCGCUGAGAUUCCCAAUCCAUUCUGGCUAGCUCUUUUGGUUGCCGAGAGCAGCUGCCACAGUGAUGAGGUCAAAGAGGCUAAGCGGAUGAUUUGGAGGAGACUAUUUAUACGCGAUGAUUGGGCUAAAAUCAACGACACACAGCUCAAGGAUGAUCGUCAGGUGGUUGAGAGAUUGGCAGAGACUGAGCUUUAUUCAAUGCUGACUGACUGCAUCAGCUUCCAAGAUCCACAUGAGCCUUUCCGACCUCUGUCUCCGCACGAAGCUCUUGGUGCUUUUACCGAGAACCUUGACCGUCGGUUCCGCGACUUUGAGGCGUCCUUCAGGAUGAAGCUGGUCGACAUCAUGAAGCUGGAGGAUAAGAUACUCCAUCAGCAUGUGGAGAAACAUCGUCUCGGUGACUGGGUCCGCUCUACCUUCGACGCCGCUCGAGUAGAGCUAGACAGCACACUGGACAACGCCACUAGGAAUGCUGCCGCCCCCCAAGUUGCUGAGCCCAAUACUGUAAUGAGUGGCUCAAUAUUUGAUUAUGGCAGCUAA